AUACUGGAGCUUAAGUGUUAUAUUUGUUUGUUCGAUUGGUUAGUGUGUGAUGCUCAGUCAACUGGUAUUCAACGCUGAUCAAUUGAGCAUAGAUCAUUUUUUUCUUUCUAAUUUGUUACUAUACGGUUGUUUUGAGUAUUUCCAAUUACAAUGAGUUUAUAACAAGUGAACUUUGGACGGAGCUUCAAAAAGAGAAAGAAAAAUUUGCCGUCAUCAAUUGGCGCAGCAAAAAUACAUAAAUAGCAAGAGGAGAUAUUGCCAUAAAAAUUGAAACCACAUGCUAAAGGCAAAUAGUGUGAAAAAGAUACACAAAGAACAUAAACGCUAAAAAAAAAAAUACCGAUGGUUGAUAGUACAGCAGCGCGAUGCAGUUGAAACCGAAAUGAGAGUUUCGUUAUGAAUCCGCCAUUGAUGUUCAGAUUUUAUGUGUAUCUUAGUGGCUUUGGAUGUAAUUGUUGUUGUUGUUACUACUACUGCUUCUGCUGCUGUCGCUGUUGCUUUUGCUGAAUUCUCUUGUAUGCGUCGUUUAUGAAUACACAAAGCCACAGCCAAGGGUAAAAAUAUUACAAUUUUUCAAUUCAGUUUUGUUUUGUAUCUCUCUCGACAAGAUGAAAAAGAAGUGUGUUUUCUGUGCAGACUUUGAGUGAAUCAGUGUGGCCUUUCUAUCAAAACGUGUUCGCGAAUCAUCUAACUUUGUCGCUGGUGAUUUCCCCAUACAGUUCAGUUCAGUUCAGUUCAUUUCGCAUUUGAAUUCGGAAAAUAUUAAAAGCUUUCACGAUUGGUUAGUGUUCGAAGUGAAUAUUUUUGGUGUGCCAUAACACAUCAUGGUAAUCUAAGUGUAUUUUGUGUAAAUCGUGUGAUUGUAGUGAGAAAAAUAAUAAUAGAGUAACCACAUUUAUAUGAUGGGUGAACGCUAAAAUUAAGCGUAUUACACUUGUCAGUGCAUAUUCAAAAGUCAUUCGGUGAAAUACGAAAGACAAAAACUUUUUCCGAAACGCGUUCAGUGGUUUUAACGUUUGAAUAGUGAGACUGACGAUUACAUUUACUCAUUUAUUUUCACAAUAUUCUGCCAAAUUUGGGUUAAACAGACGGAGAAGAAAAGAUUUAUUGUGAGAAGUGAAACUUGAAAGAGUAGAAAAAGGAAUGCCAUCGUGAAGCAGAAAUAUUUUUUAUCAAUUCUUUGUCACCAACCAGUUCAUUUACAUCGAAAACAGGAAUGAAUGUGAAUAACUUUAUCCAUGAACGCAACUCGCGACAUCAAUAUGGACUAUAUAACACAGUUCUGUGCUCUGGACUUAAACGACCACUUCGAAUGCAGUUUCGAUAGCGACACGAUAAUCAUCAAAUAGGUGAUAUCGUUAACAACAACAACAAUGUACUUUUGAUGAAUCUUCAAAAAGGGGGAAUUCACAAACGCACGAACUAACAAAGAAAAACUCAUUAAAUCGCUGUACAAAUGAAUGAACACGCCACAAUUAUGAAAAAAUCAAGAAUUAUGAAUUAUGUGACGCGGAGGUUCCUUCGCUGUGCAAUGGUUGUAUUCAGUUGGUUUGUUGUGCCAUACAGUAGGGUCACAACACUGUGGGUACCAAGAAAAAGACUUCCACCCAUGACCAAUCCACUGCUGGAAAUACGUGCGGUCAAAUUGGCGCAUAUGAUCCGAACUCGACAGGUAACGAGCGAGGAAGUCGUUCAGGCCUAUAUAGAACGUUGCAAGGAGGUGAAUCCAUUGGUUAAUGCAAUCGUUGAGGAUCGUUUUGAACUCGCAUUAGAAGAAGCACGACAAAUUGAUACCGAUAUUGCGAAAGGCACCCGAACUGUUGAAGAAAUGGAAAGAGACACACCGUUGCUUGGAUUGCCUGUGACCGUCAAAGAAAGUAUCGCCGUUAAGGGGAUGAUCAAUCAGGGCGGACGUGUGUUCAAGCAGCGACGUGUCGCUCAAUAUGAUGCUCCGUGCGUUGUUUUGGUGAAAAAACACGGUGGUAUCAUUCUUUUAGUUAGCAAUACUCCGGAGCUGUGCAUGUGCUGGGAAACAUAUAAUAAUGUUUCCGGGCAAACACGGAAUCCAUACGAUUUAACUCGAACGCCGGGCGGUUCAAGUGGAGGUGAAGCGGCUUUAAUCAGCUGUGGUGCAUCGUUAAUUGGCCUAUCGUCUGAUAUCGCUGGAUCUGCUCGUUUACCCGCAAUGUUCACUGGAAUCUAUGGGCACAAGCCAACACCAUAUGCAAUCUCACCAAAAGGUCAUAUUCCCGCUAGUAAUGUAGAGUAUUGGGGAGAUUUCUUCACCAUUGCACCAAUGACACGUUAUGCAAGUGACUUGCCGUUACUUCUCAAGUGUGUCAACGACCCGAACGGCCGUAAAUUGUUAUUAGACAAAGAAGUGGAUAUUAGCACAAUAAAAUUUUUCUACAUGAACAAUGAUGGCCCAUCUGGAACAACGCGUCGUCUCAGUAAAGAUAUCAAAUGCACAAUUGAUGAUGUUGCCUCUUAUUUUAAUGCGAGCAAAGUCAAAAUAAACGGUCUGAAAUGGGCUCUUGAAAUAUCGAUGUCAGCCAUGCUUCGAAUAAAAAACGUCGAAACAAUUUAUUACGAAGGCGAGGACGGUGAGCCAAGAAAGCACAUGGGAAAAGAGACGCUAAAAUAUUUCCUUGGGAUGUCGGAUAGCAUUUUUCCAUCGGUUCUAGUUGGACCGCUGCAGCAAGUUAUGCACUGGCUACCUGAAUCAAGGCACAGAAAGCUGGCAAAUAUUGCUGAAAAUCUAAAACAUCAAUUCCAGGAACUUCUUGGAACGAACGGUGUAUUUUUGUAUCCAACAUUCCCGACAACAGCGCAUCGACACUAUCAGAUCUACCAUAAACUAGUGGACACUGGCUAUAUGAUGGUCUUCAAUACAAUAGGUCUUCCGGUAACCAAUUGCAUGGUUCGUUUAGACCGUCAUAAACUUCCUAUUGGCAUACAGGUGGUUGCUAAUCCAGGUCAGGACCAUUUAGCGUUGGCUGUUGCACAGGCAAUCGAAGCGCAAUUCGGUGGAUGGGUUCCUCCUCCAUCAUCGGAGCGAACAAAUAAAUAGGCAGAGAUAAAUGAAAUUAGAUAGUAUGGCACUGUAAAUAUAUUUACUUCUCUUUAUUAAUUUCAUUGAGUUUAAUGUCAUUAUAAUGUUUUACGUGUCGAGUGGAAAUAUGUUCUAUGCUAAAUUUUGUCUUGGAUGUCUUAACUUGAUCGAAUGUAUCUUUUUUUUUUUGUAAUUUAGCAAAAUGUAAUACUUAUUAUUUCAUAGAAAUUGUCCGACGAAAACAAACACAAACAUUUAAAAAUAAAGGAAUAAGUUUAACGGAAAUGAAGAAUGAACGAAA